GGAAGGCGGGCGCCAUGGCGCGAGUGGGGACGGCCGCCGCUCGCCUGGGUCUCGGCAGUGCCGCGGAGGGAACGGAGCCUGCGGGAGCCGCGGCCAUGUCUGCCGUCGCCUCCUACGAGAGCCUGGUGCACGCCGUGUCCGGGGCUGUGGGCAGUGUGACUGCAAUGACUGUAUUUUUUCCUUUGGAUACAGCUAGGCUUAGGCUUCAAGUCGAUGAGAAGCGGAAGUCUAAGACAACACCGGCAGUCCUCUUGGAAAUAAUCAAAGAAGAAGGCCUGUUGGCACCAUAUCGAGGAUGGUUCCCUGUUAUCUCCAGCCUUUGUUGCUCCAAUUUUGUUUAUUUUUAUACAUUUAAUAGUCUCAAAGCUCUUUGGGUCAAAGGUCAGCAUUCAACCACGGGAAAAGACUUGGUUCUUGGGGUUGUUGCAGGUGUAGUCAAUGUACUCUUGACCACUCCUCUUUGGGUAGUGAACACCCGUCUGAAGCUGCAGGGAGCAAAAUUUAGAAAUGAAGACAUUGUACCAACCAAUUAUAAAGGCAUAAUAGAUGCUUUUCAUCAGAUAAUACGAGAUGAAGGAGUCUUAGCUUUGUGGAAUGGUACUUUCCCCUCCUUGCUACUGGUCUUCAAUCCUGCCAUACAGUUCAUGUUUUAUGAAGGCUUUAAGCGGAAACUUUUGAAAAAGCAGCUGCAACUCACAUCUUUGGAUGCUUUUGUCAUUGGUGCAAUAGCCAAAGCAGUUGCCACCACCCUCACUUAUCCUCUGCAAACAGUACAGUCAAUUCUGCGGUUCGGACGCCACAGGUUGAACCCAGAGAACCGAACACUAGGCAGCCUUAGAAAUGUUCUUUACCUUCUUCAGCAGAGAGUGAGGCGUUUUGGAUUAAUGGGACUCUACAAAGGCCUUGAAGCAAAGCUCCUGCAGACAGUCCUUACUGCUGCUCUUAUGUUUCUAGUAUAUGAGAAAUUGACUGCUGCAACCUUCACAGUCAUGGGAUUAAAGCAUUCACGCAGACAUUGAAAGACGAACCAAAGGUUGUGGGGUCUAGAAAACACGUUCCAUUUCUGAGACUGGGCUGGGUAACAAAGGGUCCUCACUUCCUAUUUCUUUGUAGCCACCUCCAUCUCCAUUGUUUGGAGAAACUGGAAUACACUUCAUAGGACCUGUUUCCAUGAAUUCAGGUGUAGCCCAUUCCCUGCUCUUCUGUGGACUCACUGUGUUAUGAUACAAAGCAGAGACCUUAUUUAAUCACUUGACAUGAAAUUUUAAGUAUUGUAUGAUUUGGCUGAUGUUUUUACCAGGAGUGAGUAUCUCUCACUAUGCUUUCUUGUUUUCCUUCAGAUCACUCUCAGCUAUCCUUCUCUCCUUACCUUCUGUCAGCAGCUGGCAGGGCUGCUUUCAUGUCACUUUCUUUUAUCUGUGUUACGUCACGUCAUAUUUGGUUCAUUAAAAUAACUCGUAAAGAACAAGAUUUUUGAUAUAGUUUUCUUCUAACUUAAGUACGUUUGUGGCACAGAAGGAUAGAAUAUUGCCCCAAGUAUCUGGUGGUGAGAUUCCUGAACUGCUAGAAUGUGUCUUACCAGUGAGUAGGCACGCUGCCUUCUGAAGUCCACCUGUUACAAACCUUGAACGUUUUGAAUGCAGAUGCUGGCUAGCUAGGAGGAACGUGACCUUUUGCUGUUUCAAGCCGAGUACCUCAAGCUGCUUCAAGAAAAUGGGCUUACUACACAGAAACACAGUAAGUUCUGUAACCCCAUUCCUUGUGAGAACAUGUGAAUUUAUGCCAUGGUCUCAGGUAAACAGGGAGCACUUCAGAAGUAAUAUGCCCUCUUAAAAAAGUGCUUUCAUUAUUUUUCCAGUGGUCUUCCCAGAAGCUUUCCUGACCAUAAAGGUCAUUAAUUGUUGUCCCAGUUCAUCUAAGUGUGUAUGUUCCUUUUGCAUAGUUUUUAUUCAGUAGUCCUAGGCCACAGAAUCCAAAUACAUCUUACUGUGUCCAUCACUUAAGGUUGCAGGAGGAUUGUUAUGAAGAACAGAUCUAUAUUUGGAGUAUUAAGGAAUUCCAUGGUACUUUAACACCAAGAAUGUCUGGGAUAAUUAAGUGCUGCAGGAAACAGGCUACUGAAUUGCUAAAUGGCACCUGUUUUUGGAUCUCAGUUGAUGCAAUUAUCAGUAUGAAAUUGGAACGCAGUUCUACAAAUAAUGCUGUCUUUCAAACAAGAAUAAAGAUCUUUACACUGGC